AUGGCCACUACCGACUUCAAACGCAACGUGCUCGAAUUCUACGGCCUGUCGACCGAGUUUCCACAAGAAUGGCCAUCCGACAAGGACAAGAGCGAUGCUUCUGACAGCGAACAGGAGGUUAAAAAGCAGAAGAUUCAACGCAGGAAGUCCCGCUACCAAGCCCUCGAACGUGCCGUCAGCACAAGAUCGAGCGUCUUGGGCGGUGACAAGUCCGUGAGCAGUCUGCUCAGUCGCGACGAACCGGACCCAUUGGGCGGCAGCGACAGCGUAGUGAGAUCUUUGAUACAGUUUGGUGUACCUAUAAAGGAAGACACUCGACUUCGCACAAAGUUCUUGUUAUCGUCUACCAACUUCUCUCCGUCUCUGUUUCUAUCCCAGCUGCACUCCUUGGACGACACAAGAUCCCUCGAAGCCGGUCUAGAUAAUCUGUCCCAGUCCAUCGACCAGAAAUCUGCAUCCCUGAAAGUCUUGGUGGAGUCCAACUUUGAGCGUUUCGUCAGGGCCAAAGCCACCAUUGAUAAUGUCUACAAGGAAAUGAAGUACAGAGGUGCAGAACCGCCCCCCCCCUCACGAGCUCGCGCCCACUCCAGACAUGCCAGCAGGAGCAGUUUCAGGAACAGCAUUAGCGGUGCAAAUCUUGGAAACAACCCUCUGACCCCCGUCACUCCUGCUUCACCCGGCACCGAUGCUAGAAAGAAGAAUGCGCUCAUCAAGGAGAGCGACUACGGCGUGGCAGGAAUUAAAACCCCUCUCCUCGACGUGUCUGCAAAGGCAGAGGAUGUCUGGGGGCCAGCCUUGGGUGGCAGGGAGAAGGAGGAGAACUUGCGAACUGUUCAAACGUCGUUGGAACGCUACAAGGAUUAUAUCGAGGCAAGCUCCAAUGUCGCAGACAGCAUCAAGCGCAAGGACUAUGAGACAUUGAUCGAAGAGUUCUCCCGUGCUCGGAAGUUCGCGGACGAUGCACGAAAAUUGGUUCAGAAUCUCGGCUCGACUGCUCCUAGCGAAAGCCAGACAUAUCAAAUUCUCCUAGCCGCGAGAAUGUGGCACGAUGUGGACGAUCAGAUCCAGGCUUUCAAGCGUGACGUUUGGAAAAGACUCAUCACAUCACACACCGCUUCCAAGACCGAGAAUCUCGCUGGGCGCCCGCAGGAUCAACACAUGGAGCUCAUCGGCUUGCUACUCGAAUUGGGCGUCGAAGACAAUCCCAUUUGGGUUUGGUUACUUAGCCGGUACGAUUACCUAAAGGGAAAGAUCUCGUCCAUGUCAGAUAGAGCAAAAGUUGAGAUUGAGGUUUUGCGGAGGCGGCUGGCAAAUGGUGACAAGCCUGCACCGCAGACCGUAGCGGCACAUCUGAGAACGCUGGGCCGUCAGUCAGUCGAGGGUAAACCCAGCGGUAUUGAUUCGGCGGAUGUUACUGAGCUUUGGGAGAAGAUGCUGUCGUUCUUGACUACGCUUCUUUCGCCUCAAGGGGUCCUCGGUGAGGUUCUGGAGUUUUGGCAGACUGUGGAAGGCUUCAUUGACGGGAAGACGCAAAAGUCCUUGCCCGUGGGCUACAACGCCGAGUCUCGUGAGCAUCACCGCUUUUCUGAGCAGAAUACGCUGGAACUACGCAAGGGGACCGUCGAGCUCGUCGACAUGAUUCGACAACAUGUACUCGAAUUCUUUACAGGUGCUCCUCCGGAGGAUAUUUCACUCCUCUUCUCGCCAUUGCCGCCUUCUCCAGGCACGCCAAUGUCGGCGUCGCUCACGCCGACUGCGCUGAGGGAUCCUCGAUUCAACUUUGACGCCAAAAACCUGCCUCCACCCUCUCCGAAACGCGGCGAAUCGUACGAGAAGUUUGCGUUUUGGCCGCCAAACUCAAACUCUGUAAGCGGUGUGCAUUACCUGUCCAAAAUGCUCUCACUUGUUGGCACUGGUGCGGCCGAGAUGGCAGGCGUGAGCCCUGUUGGCCAAGGUGAUACGCGACAAUUGGAUCUACUCAAGACCAUGGUUGGUGCAGCUCGUGAGAGAUGUGUAAACGCCAUUUGCGGUGCUUGGAACAAGGACGCCGAAAACAUCAAGUUUGUUGAAGACUGGCAAGGAUCACGAGAGAUGGGUGAUGUCACGCGAAUGCCUGCGACUUUCUCAGGCUUCGAGGGUGCCCUGCUCAGUGGAAUGCAAAAGAUUCUCUAUGUGCCUGAAGCCGUGGCCAAACCGGGGGCUGCAGAUAUCGUGCCACCCCCACCGACGAAGCUCUUGCAAAUGGUUCGCAGCCAGUACGUGACCACUCUCUAUAAGGCAUUGAGUGGCAUGGUCGAGAAUGCGGAGCGAUCAGUCAAAACGGAGGAAGACGAGUGGACAACAGACUUGACGGCCCCCGCCAGAGACGGUAUCGAUGCCAGAGCCUCUUACAAUGUUGGGCUCAGGGGCAUUGAUGCUGGUGAUCGCAAUGUGCGCAUGCUUCUGACCUUGAGCAAUCUGGCAGCUCUCCGUAACAAGGUUGUCCCCGGCCUCAAUACUCAAUUCGAAAACGCGUUUUCAGUAAAGCUCACUGAUGAGUCCAAAACUAUACGGGAUACUCUGUCACAAAUCGACGCUCGUCUCUUCCAGACAUACACGAGGCCUUCGGUUCAAAACAUUCGCCAAAUCGUGCGCACCGGCGUGUCUGAUCCAAGCUGGGGCAACGUGCCUAGACCAACUCAAGUUCGACCCUACAUUUACGACGCACUUUUGUCUCUUGUGCUUGUCCAUACCCAGGUUUCCACAACCGCGCCGAGUCUGACACACCAAGUCCUUUCCUUUCUCCUUGAGGCCACCUCGCGGGAGCUGCUUGAAGCUUUCAAACAGCGGAGCCGCUAUGACAUUGGUGCCUUGAUGCAGGCAACACUCGACGUAGAGUUUGUAGCUCAGACCUUGACACAAUACACCACGGAACGAGCAGGUCAGACACAAUCUGAGAUUUACAGCAUGCUCGACAGUCGUACAGAUGAUGCCACCAGAGCCUCACUGCAGAAUGAACUGCCGGGUAUGCGCGAUGUGCUAAAGAAAUUGCGCGAACUGUCAAAGAACGAAUUCGGAUGCUUCAAGAAACCUCGUCGUCAACAGAGUCAAGGUGGUCCUGGUGGACUGGAGCGCACGCAGACGGGCUAG